GGCAGUGGGGGAAACUGGGUUUUCCUCAGACUCGAGGUGAAGACAAGCACACAGAAGGGGACGAGGAGUCCCAGACAGAGUGUGGCGGAGGACUCUGGGGUGAAGCUAAGGGGGUCGGUUUAUGGAUCCCGUGAGCCGUCCGGGUGCCCCCAAAGGCUUCUGAAAAUGCAGGAACCUGUGAGGUCAAGAUUGGCCUCCCUCAGUGACUUUCAAUUUGGAGCUGUUGCCACAGAGACGAUCGAAGACGCUCUGCUUCACCUGGCGCAGCAGAAUGAGCGAGCCGUGCAGGGGGCUGCCGGCCGGAUGGGCAGCUUCAGGGAGACCCGGAUCGUGGAGUUUGUUUUUCUCCUGUCUGAACAAUGGUGUCUGGAGAAAUCCGUGAGCUACCAGGCUGUAGAAAUCCUAGAAAGGUUUAUGGUUAAGCAGGCAGAGAAUAUCUGUAGGCAAGCCACGACCCAGCUGAGAGAGAAGACAGAGCCUCAGAAUUGGAAAGCUCUGAAAGAACAGCUUUUCAACAAGUUUAUCCUGCGUCUUGUGUCAUGUGUUCAACUGGCGAGCAAACUUUCCUUCCACUACAAAAUUAUCAGCAACGUUACAGUCCUGAAUUUCCUCCAGUCUCUGGGGUAUGUGCACACUAAGGAGGAACUGCUGGAGUCAGAGCUUGAUGUUUUGAAGUCCCUGAACUUCCAAAUCAAUCUGCCUACUCCCCUGGCAUAUGUAGAGAUGCUUCUGGAGGUUUUAGGAUACAAUGGCUGUUUGGUUCCAGCCACACAGCUGCAUGCAACCUGCCUGACUCUGCUCGACCUUGUCUAUCUCCUGCACGAACCCGUAUAUGAGAGCCUGCUCAGGGCUUCAAUUGAAAACUCCAUACCCAGUCAGCUGCAAGGGGAAAAGUUUGUUUCAGUGAAGGAAGACUUCAUGCUGUUGGGAGUAGGAAUCAUUGCGGCAAGUGCUUUCAUCCAAAACCAUGAGUGCUGGAGCCAGGUUGUGGAGCAUUUGCAGAGCAUCACUGGCAUUGCCCUGGAAAGCAUCGCUGAGUUCUCUUACGCAAUCCUGACUCACAGCGUGGGCGCCAACACUCCGGGGCGACAGCCUGUCCCCCCCCACCUGGAGGCCAGAGCUCUGCGGGCUGCCACUUCCUCCAACACGUGAGGCGGGCUCCACCCGCCAAGUAUUCAACAGCCUUCACCACUGCGCUUAUCCCUCCUUUUGUUUACUCUUCAACUCAGGGUACAAAAGUUCCAAGUAUCUUUUGGACUAUGUUUUGUGUUCCAACUUCAUGUGCACUUUUCUGCAUCGGACAAAGAGUUAAAGUUGACAAGCAUGUCCUUUUUGUUGUAUCAGACUGAAAACGUCAAGGAGCUGGGAGGAGAUAGAACAUUAGUGAAGUUGGUUCGUUUUUGUUUAACAAGUUAUUUAUAGCUUUUCCUUAACUGUUCAUUUCACGGAAAGAGAACAUAGGAUGUGGAAAUUAGUGUUAACCAGGGGCUUGAAAACCGAGACUGUUUGGGUGACCUUGACUGAGCAUCAAGGAGGCAGCCUUUAUUUCCCCUUAAAGUUAGUUUAACAUCUCUGUUCUGUCAUUGACAUGUACACAAAUAGGGCUUCCUCCACAGCUGUCUAUUCCAUUAGUCUUUUUUAAAACUAACACCAAUCCAUCUCUAAACAUGUUUCAACAGAGCUUUCACAUACCUGCACUUGAACUCAAUACUCCCAGGAUACAAAGUGCUCUAUUUUAGUCAACAAAAAAACCAGCAGUGCACUUCUGGGCAGUAAUCAGACUGCAGUAAAUCUUUUAUUACAAAUAAUUAAAUCUCUCCAUAAUGUCUCAAACAAUAUCAAACACCAUUUCAUAUCUCUAACAGAGAGCAGAGUAGGCAUUCAGCACUGGAAGCAAGUGAGGACAAGUGUUAAAUUUCAAGCUUCUGAUCACAUCAUCUGGUGACCAAAGCUUAUGUGUCAUUUUCUCACGUUAUCCAGCUGUACAUCUCACACAUCUCGUCGUCUCAGUGGAGACAAAAGUUUCUAUUUCAUAUUGUAAGUGCAGGAAGUUGAGAGAGAUAAAACCCAGUGAAAACACAUUGAUCUCAAUUCAACUCAGUUAACAAAACAAAAACAAAAACAAAAACAAUUUUAAAUUAGUUGUUUUGGGGGGAGAGAGGGAAAGGAAGGUUUGGGGUUAAGAGUCAAACUUAUGACAAAGGCUGAUAUCUGUACAUGACACAUUGUAGCUCUGGAAACUAUCUGUCACAUGAUAUCCUGAAAUAAAGUGGCUUUUGUAGAUUUUUUUCUGUUUUGGUAUUGUAAACAUGUGCUGUUAAUAGUACCCGAAUUUAAUUUAAAACGUUUUUUUUUUUUUUUUUUUUCAAAAAAAAAAAAAAUUAAAACCUUUAAGGCAAA